CCGAGGAGAGCGGAGCGGAGGAGACUUGGAGGAGUUGGAGCUCGGCGCUUCCCCUCCCCCCUCCGCACCCCGCCCGCCCCGGCCGCCCCCUCCCGCUCCGCUCGGCCUCCGUCCCGCCGGGGCCCUCUCGGGGGCGAGGCCCAUGGCUCCCCAGAAGCACGGUGGAGGUGCCGGGCCCAGCUCGGGCUCGGCUGGCGGCGCCGCCGGAGGAGGAGGUGGCGGCGGAGGCGGCGGCGGGUUCGGGGGCUCCGCCGCGGCGGCGGCUCCCGGCGGCAAAUCCGCCGGUGCUGCGGGCGGCGGCGGCGGCGGCGGAGGAAGCGGUUACUCGGGCGGUUCCUCGGCCUCCUCGGCGGCGGCGGCAGCGGCGGCGGCGCUGCCCCCCGUGAAGAAGCCGAAGAUGGAGCAGAUCCAGGCCGACCACGAGCUCUUUCUUCAGGCCUUCGAGAAACCAACACAGAUAUACAGAUUUCUACGUACCCGGAAUCUAAUAGCACCAAUAUUUUUGCACAGAACUCUCACUUACAUGUCUCACAGAAACUCCCGAACAAAUAUCAAAAGGAAAACAUUCAAAGUAGAUGACAUGUUAUCAAAAGUAGAGAAAAUGAAGGGAGAACAAGAAUCUCACAGCUUGUCUGCUCAUUUGCAGCUUACAUUUACUGGGUUCUUCCAUAAAAAUGAUAAGCCAUCACAAAACUCAGAGAAUGAACAAAAUUCUGUAACUCUGGAAGUACUGCUUGUGAAAGUUUGCCACAAGAAACGAAAGGAUGUCAGUUGUCCAGUAAGACAGGUUCCUACAGGUAAAAAGCAGGUGCCUUUAAACCCAGACCUCAGCCAAAUAAAACCAGGCAACUUCCCAUCACUCGCAGUUUCCAGCAAUGAGUUUGAACCAAGCAACAGCCACAUGGUCAAGUCUUACUCCUUGUUAUUCAGAGUAACUCGCCCAGGAAGAAGAGAGUUUAAUGGAUUGAUCAACGGUGAAACUAAUGAGAACAUUGAUGUCAAUGAGGAGCUUCCAGCUAGAAGGAAAAGAAACUCUUCUAAUCGUGAAGAUGGAGAAAAGACAUUUGUAGCACAAAUGACUGUAUUUGAUAAAAACAGACGCUUGCAGCUUCUGGAUGGGGAAUAUGAAGUGGCCAUGCAGGAAAUGGAAGAGUGUCCCAUUAGCAAGAAAAGAGCAACGUGGGAAACAAUACUUGAUGGGAAGAGAUGGCCUCAAUUUGAAACAUUUUCUCAGGGACCUACACUUCAGUUUACACUUCGUUGGACAGGAGACACAAAUGAUAAGUCUACAGCUCCUAUAGCUAAGCCUCUUGCAACACGGAAUUCUGAAAGCCUCCCUCAAGAAAACAAGCCCAAUUCUGUUAAACCUACUCAAACUAUAGCUGUGAAAGAAUCCUUGCCAACAGACCUUCAAACAAGAAAAGAGAGAGAUGUUUUAAAUGAACCUCGACAAAAGUUGCGAAUAUUUUACCAGUUCCUUUACAACAACAACACGAGACAGCAGACUGAAGCCCGAGAUGACUUGCAUUGUCCUUGGUGCACACUGAACUGUCGGAAACUCUACAGUUUACUCAAACAUCUUAAACUUUGCCACAGCAGAUUUAUCUUCAAUUAUGUUUAUCAUCCCAAAGGUGCUAGGAUAGAUGUCUCUAUCAAUGAGUGCUACGAUGGCUCCUAUGCAGGCAAUCCCCAGGACAUCCAUCGCCAGCCUGGAUUUGCCUUCAGUCGCAAUGGGCCAGUCAAGAGGACUCCUAUUACACACAUACUUGUUUGCAGGCCAAAGCGCACGAAAGCGAGUAUGUCCGAGUUCCUGGAGUCGGAGGACGGGGAGGUGGAGCAGCAAAGGACCUACAGCAGUGGCCACAACCGGCUGUACUUCCACAGCGACACCUGCCUGCCCCUCCGUCCACAGGAGAUGGAGGUUGACAGUGAGGAUGAAAAGGACCCCGAAUGGCUACGGGAGAAAACCAUCACUCAAAUUGAAGAGUUUUCUGAUGUUAACGAAGGAGAGAAAGAAGUGAUGAAAUUAUGGAAUCUUCAUGUUAUGAAGCACGGGUUUAUUGCUGACAAUCAAAUGAAUCAUGCCUGUAUGCUCUUUGUUGAAAAUUACGGACAGAAAAUAAUUAAGAAGAACUUGUGUCGAAACUUUAUGCUCCACCUGGUCAGCAUGCAUGACUUUAACCUCAUCAGCAUCAUGUCCAUAGACAAAGCUGUUGCCAGACUCCGAGAGAUGCAGCAGAAGUUAGAGAAGGGAGAGUCGGCCUCCCCGACAGAUGAGGAAUCUUCUGAGGAACAAAGUGGGACAACAAAUGGAUAUAGUGAAAAUAAUACGAGAGAGAGAAUCCCAGACAUGGAUAGCAUCUCAGGUGUCACAAAACAGAGCAAGAAACAAAAGCUCUGAAGUCAAAAGUCAAUUUUCAUUCAACGGACAAGCAUUGAAGUGACAUUCUAGGGUGCAUGAGCUCUAUAAAGAGUUACACACAAAAAUACAGAGGUUCCAAACAGGCACUGGUGGAUGGAAAUAAAUGAUUUCAACAAGGAUAUUGUUUUAACAGGGUUUCUCUUCAGUUAAUUAUUCAAGUACUACUACAUGUGUAUUAGUUUUGGUGAUGUAAUGACAAUAUUCUAACAGUUUGAGCAUGAAGAGCAAUAUGAAAAUCUUUGUAAUUUUAGUAAUUAGUAUUUUAAGAACUUUCUGGAAUUUACAUAAUUUAAGUAUAUGUAAAACCGUUUUUAGAGUAAGAUUUUUGGAUCUGUAUCUGGCUGUUUUUCCUACCAUGACGUUGUGAAAUGCUGGGGAAAGGGGAUUGGGAUACAGUUUCUGCUUUUCUUACUUAGAAAUUCUCCAGUUAAGAGUUUUGUGAAAAUAACAUUUCACUAUUUAAAGUUUAACCUCGAUCCUUGUAUUUGAAAUCAUUUAUCAAUUGAUCAUAAAUUGCAAAUUAGUUGGGUUGUUGGGUUUUUUUGUUGUUUUUUUUUGUUUGGUUGGUUGGUUGAUUGUUUUUUUUUUUGUUACACUAAAAUUAUCUAAGUUGGCAAACUUAGCACUUCCUUUGUCUCGUGCCUGUUUGGAAAGAUCUUGGCUUUUUGUGUUCCAGACACAGUGAAGUACCACCUUGGCUUUUUGAGGAUACCAGCAGUUUGGUUUUUCGUGGAUAAUUCUGAUGUAUUGAUCACCCAGUGUACCAUUUUAAACUUGAACAUUAGCUCCUUUAUAUUUUUAUUCCACAUCUAACACAGCUACACAAAGGAUUUGGUGCAGACCCUUUUUUCCUGGGGUUCUGCAUCAAGGUGUGCCAUGCUAAAGACCGUCUGUAGGCAAUUCCGUCGAGGAACUUCUCGGGAAGCUGGUGCCUGCUGUCCUGCCUGAGCACAGACUGCAAGCCCAGGCCAUAGGUUUAGCUUUGGCUUUCGAGAUGCCACUCUUGAGGGAAAAAUGCACUGUAAAAUUGGACCAGAAAAUGUGUUGCACUUCUUAUGCAAGUAUUCUGUGAUGUAUUGUAUUCAAUACAGAUACUAAGAUGCUGACUAAACUAUUUUUGAGCAGUUUUGCACUGCUGUUAACACAUUUUAUGCAUACGUUUACAGAUUUUUUCCAAUGGAAAGUGGUUUCACUACUGGUACAGUAUCAGCACCGAAGGGUUUAUUCCAGCAAGCACUGUGGUUGAGUGACAUCACCUCAAUUUUUUAUUAUCCUUAAAAUAUUGCAUUUUUCAUAUUCUUUAUUUAUAAAGGAACAAUGCUGCUGUAAAUACAGGUAUUUUUAAUUUUUUAUUUCAUUCCAUCACCAUGAGAUGCAGUUCCCUGUUUAAGGGUUAUAUAAGCUUUCUAAUGGUGUCUUCAGAAAUUUAUAAAAUGUAAAUACUGAUUUUGAUGGUCCUUAAGAUGUGUUUAACUGUGAGACUAUUUAACUAAUGGUGUGGAUGUGAUUUGUCAUCCAGUAUUAAGUUCUUAGUCACUGAUUUUGUGUACAAAAUAGGAAAGAGGGAAACUGCAGCUUUCAUUACAAACUUCUUGAAUUUGCCAGCUCUCUGAGUUUUAGCAAACUCUCAUUAUGCCUCUGGAUAGUACAUCAAGCAUUUCUCUCUGGCUUUAAUUUGCUAAAGCUGUGCACAUAUGUAAAAAAAUAGAUUCUUUUAGGGGAGAUGUAGUUCUAGAAUUAUUGCUUAUGUCAUUUCUUAAGCAGUUAUGCUCUUAAUGCUUAAAAGAAGGCUAGCAUUGUUUGCACAAAAAGUUGGUGAUCCCCCCAAAAAUAGUAAUGAAAUUACUUCUGUCCAGUAAACUUUGUAUGUCAUGUCAAUUUAUAAUAAAAGCUGAAAAAAGCCCUUUGUUUUCUAUUUAUAAAGAUGCCUUUUCUAUAUGUACCUUUGAUAGAUUUUGAAGAUGCCGUGUAAGCUGGUCAAAAAGAAUUUGAAUGGUACAGUAGAUGUAAAAACAAAAUCCCAAACAAAAACCAAAACAAGUUCAGAUGUUUAAACGAACCAUUGUUUUUACAUUAAAUGUUUUAUUUGAAAUCUGCUUUUGUACAUAAAGUUCAGUAAUAUAAAAUCUGCCAUGAUGGUUGUCCAGUCAUUUUGUGUGCGUGCAGAAAGGCCACGAGCAGUUCCUUGUAUAAACAUUCUCUUCUGCAUGUUUUUUAAAAAUUGGAUACGUGUCCCUCCUUUUUCAGGUUGUUACAAAGGCAGCUAAGUUUCUGUCUGGUUGUUUUGAUAAAAUUGAAGUGUCUUUCUAAAUUACCAGUUUUUUAGCCAGCUUAUAGCAACUUACAUUGUCCUUUCUUGGGGGUGGAACUGAAUUCCUGAGAGGUCUCUGAGCUGCAUGUUACUGUUUGGAACUGUAAUUUAUAUAACUGAAAAUGAAACGUAUCACUCAUAUGUGAGUUAUAAAAAUAAGACUUGUGAGGUUUUUUGCACUCAAGUGGUUAAUGUUUCAAACAGAUUUUACAGUACCCUCUGUUGGGACCAAAGUUUAAAUUGGUACCAUUUUAAAAUAGUGCUUGUCUGGGACUGCAGAGGGUGGCUACUCCAGGUGCUACAAAACAGAAAGAGUAAGGAAUUGCACUGCUCGGCUGAGCACUGACUGUUGACUAGCAGACACUGAAAACCUUUUUCCAUGUUGAAAACAAUUCAGGUGCUGAAAUACAGGAUAUGACAGCUAGAUUCUGUAAAGUUGGCUGUAGCUCUUUGGUAUGUUUCUGUCUCUAAAACUGGCAAAGUUCUAGCCUUCUAACAUGUUCAUGGCAGAUUUUUAUCAUGUUUUGUACCUGGUGAACCCCAAGUUGGAACCUGAUAUAUGACUUGAAUAUUUCAUUCAGUACAUUAAAUACUAUAUUUAAAUUGUUA